AUGUUGACCGACGGCCUACGUAGACUUCCCAAUGUCGAGGCACAUGUUGGAAACAUGGCAGAAGCCGAUUUUCAACCUUCGCCCGCCUUUUGGUCAAUGCGUCUCUACUCGAGAAACCCUGAGCCGAACCGGAAACUUUACUCGUGGAACAUCAUCAUGUGCACCGGCUCGUCGCCCACGCGGAUAUCUUUACCUUAUUCCUCGCCAACCAUCCUUGACCUCGACGCCGUCUUGGAUCGACAAAAACUUCGGACCGUCCUGUCAAGGACAGAUGAAAAACUUGUCGUUGGAGUCGUGGGCACGUCUCAUAGCGCCAUUGUGGCAAUCAUGAACCUUUACGACUUAGCAACACGGACCCAUCCUCGGCUCCACAUCAAAUGGUUUGUCCGCGGCCGUUUGACCUACGCCGUCGAGAUGGACGGCUGGAUUCUGCGAGACAAUACGGGUCUGAAGGGCGCCUCUGCCGAGUUUGCACGCGAGAAUUUGGAAGACGAGAAGCUGGCAGACUCCCCGGUGGGCAAGGUGCUCACCAAAGUCGAAUGCCUAGAUAUCCGCGAUGUGUCGAUGAAACCUCACCUUUCCUCCUGCACGCACGUCGUGCAAGCAAUCGGCUUCACGCGAGACCCGAUCCCGCAGCUCGCCAUCGACGGCAGGGUUCUGAACGGCAUCACCCAUGAUCCGAUUAACGGCAUCCUUCUGAACCACGCCGCCGUCCCACAGGCUUAUGGCGCGGGCAUUGCUUUCCCGGAGAGAGUCACAGAUCCUGCAGGCAACACUGAAAGCGCAGUUGGACUCUGGAAAUUCAUCAAGUAUUUGCAACGGGUCGCCCCGUCGUGGCGCUGA